AUGGCGAAGACAGUGGACUUGGUGGGCCCGGCGCCCUGGGGCUUCCGGAUCUCAGGGGGCAGAGAUUUCCACACCCCCAUCGUGGUGACCAAGGUGACCGAGAGGGGGAAGGCUGAGGCUGCUGACCUCCGGCCUGGCGACAUCAUCAUGGCCAUUAAUGGCGUGAGCACAGGGACCAUGCUUCAUGCUGAAGCCCAGAGCAAGAUCCGCCAGAGCCCUUCACCCUUGCGGCUGCAGUUGGACCGGUCCCGAGCUGCCUCUCCAGGGUGUACCAAUGGAGAUGGUUCCAUGGAGGCGAGGGCAACUCGUUUCCAGGGCUCUGCGAGGACCCACACCGGCAGCCAAUCCUCCCUGAACUCCUCCUGCUCCAGCCUGACCCCCCACAGCCCCCGCGCUGGCAGCCCGAACCUGCUGCCUGGAGAAGCAGCGAUUGGGCGCAGUUUCCAGAGCCUGGCACACACUGCAGGGCCCCCGGCUGCCUCCUCUGAGGGCUGCCCCAGAAGUCGCCAGGCUGGCCUGGGCCGCGCUGGAGACUCGGCUGUGCUGGUAUUACCACCCCAGUCCCGGUCCCCCAGGCUCAGGUACUGGACCCUGGAGGGCAGGCGGGGCGUGGACCUUCUGGAAGAGGACUCUGAAGUCUUCAAGAUGCUACAGGAGAACAGAGAGGGGCGAGGGGCCCCCCGGCAGUCCAGUUCCUUUCGACUUCUGCAGGAAGCUCUGGAGGCUGAGGAGAAAGGACCCAGGCUGUGCGUAUCCAGGAGGGCCGGUUCCGCCACCCCAGCUGCUAUACCUGCACCGACUGCGGCCUGAACCUGAAGAUGCGGGGCCACUUCUGGGUGGGUGAUGAGCUGUACUGUGAGAAGCAUGCCCGCCAGCGCUACGUGGCGCCAG